AUGGAUAUAGAUCUCAGGUUACCCUCUGGUGAACAUGAUAAAGAGGAAGAAGAAACAACUACACUUGAUAACAUGUUGGAAGGUGAUGAAAAGUUGCACAAUGGAGGUAUAGACGGAAGGCAUAUUGUUGAUGCUGGCAUUGAAGUACAUGCUCUAAAUGGCGGAGAUUUGAAUUCCCCCACAGUCGAUAUGGUAAUGUUUAAGGAAGAUUCAAAUCUUGAGCCACUUUCUGGCAUGGAAUUCGAGUCCCAUGGGGAAGCAUAUUCUUUCUACCAAGAAUAUGCUCGGUCAAUGGGAUUCAACACUGCAAUACAAAAUAGUCGUCGUUCAAAAACGUCAAGAGAAUUUAUAGAUGCAAAGUUUGCUUGUUCCAGAUAUGGAACAAAACGAGAGUAUGACAAAUCCUUCAACCGACCACGAGCACGACAGAACAAGCAAGAAUCUGAAAAUUCAACUGGUCGAAGAUCUUGUUCUAAAACCGACUGUAAAGCAAGCAUGCAUGUAAAAAGAAGGUCAGAUGGGAAAUGGGUUAUACAUAGUUUUGUAAAGGAGCAUAAUCACGAGCUCUUACCAGCCCAGGCAGUAAGUGAACAAACACGAAGAAUGUAUGCUGUGAUGGCCAGGCAAUUUGCAGAAUACAAAACUGUGGUUGGUAUCAAGAAUGAAAAGAGUCCGUUUGAAAAAGGACGGAAUUUGGGCCUGGAGUUUGGGGAGGCGAAACUUAUGCUUGAUUUUUUUAUUCAGAUGCAAAAUAUGAAUUCUAACUUCUUUUACGCAGUAGAUCUCGGUGAGGAUCAACGUCUGAAGAGUCUUUUAUGGAUUGAUGCUAAAAGUAGGUAUGACUACAUCACUUUUUGUGAUGUAGUGUCAUUUGAUACCACUUAUGUUAGAAACAAAUAUAAGAUGCCUCUUGUGCUUUUUGUUGGGGUGAAUCAGCACUACCAAUUUAUAUUACUUGGGUGUGCCUUGAUAUCAGAUGAAAGUGCGACAACUUUUUCUUGGCUAUUACGGACAUGGCUAAAAGGUGUUGGUGGUCAAGUUCCAAAAGUGAUAAUUACUGACCAUGACAUGACUCUGAAGUCAGUUAUUUCAGAUAUUUUUCCUAGUGCUUGCCAUUGUGUUUGCUUAUGGCAUAUAAUGGGGAAGGUAUCUGAAAAUUUAGCUCCUGUAAUUAAAAAACAUGAGAAUUUUAUGGCAAAAUUUGAAAAAUGUGUAUUUAGGUCACUGACCAGUGAUGAUUUUGACAAUAGAUGGGAGAAAAUUUUGGAUAGAUUUGAGCUUCGACAAGAUGAAUGCAUGCUGUCGUUGUAUGAAGAUCGCAGGUUAUGGGCACCAACAUUCAUGAAAGAUGUGUUCUUAGGGGCUAUGUCUACUGUCCAACGAUCUGAAAGUGUAAAUUCAUUCUUUGACAAAUAUGUUCACCGGAAGACCUAUGUGCAAGAUUUUGUUAAACAGUAUGAAUCCAUCUUGCAAGACAGGUAUGAAGAGGAAGCAAAAGCAGAUUCUGAUACUUGGAAUAAAGUGGUAACAUUAAAAACUCCUUCACCUUUAGAAAAGAGCGCCGCAGGGGUUUGCACCCAUACAGUAUUCAAGAAGAUUCAAGCAGAGAUUAUUGGUGCAGUGGCUUGUCAUCCUAAAGUUGACAGGCAGGAUGAGACAACGGUUGUUCAUAGGGUGCAUGAUAUGGAAAGUAACAAAGACUUUUUUGUUGUGGUGAAUGAAGGAAAGUUAGAGCUGUCUUGUAUAUGUCGGCUAUUUGAAUAUAAAGGCUAUCUUUGUCGACAUGCAUUGGUGGUUCUUCAAUAUUCUGGCCAUUCAGUGUACCCAACUCAAUAUAUUUUGAGCCGAUGGGCAAAAGAUGCAAAGACCAGGAAUGUAAUGGGCGAAGAAUCUGAACUUAUGCUGGCUAGGGUUCAACGAUACAAUGAUUUAUGUCUUCGAUCACUAAAACUGAGUGAAGAGGGAUCACUGUCUCAAGAUAGUUAUAGUAUUGCAUUCCACGCGCUAAAUGAGGCACACAAAAGUUGUGUUAGUGUUAACAAUUGUAAUAAGAGUCCUACAGAAGCUGGUACAUCAGGGGCUCACGGUCAGCUUUCCAUUGAAGAAGACACCCAAAGUAGAAAUAUGGGAAAGUCAAACAAAAAGAAGAAUCCAACCAAAAAGAAAAAGGUGAACUCGGAAGCAGAGGUGAUGACUGUCGGGGCACUAGACAACUUGCAACAAAUGGACAAAUUCAGCACCAGAGCUGCAGUAGCCCUUGAAGGUUAUUAUGGCACACAACAGAGUGUGCAGGGAAUGUUGAACUUAAUGGGACCAACACGUGAAGAUUACUAUGGGAAUCAACAGACUCUUCAAGGACUGGGACCAAUAAAUUCCAUACCAACCAGCCACGAUGGUUAUUAUGGUGCACAUCAAGGCAUGCCCGGUUUGGCACAACUGGAUUUUUUGCGAACUGGUUUCACAUAUAGUAUGAGGGAUGAUCCUAAUGUGAGAGCAGCACAGUUACACGAGGAUCCAUCAAGACACUCGUGA